AUGAAAGGCAAAUUUGACUGUGUUACCUUUGUGAAUGUAUAUGCACCUACGGAAGAAUCAGAUGAAGAUACUGUGGACAUCUAUGAUCAUCUACAGGAGGUUUGUGACAGAAUACCCAGAUAUGAUUCCAAAAUAGUUCCUGGCGACUAUAAUGCAAAACUGGGAAAGGAAGAGGCGUUUAGAAGUGUGUUUGGUAAGGAAAGUCUGCAUGAUGAAACUAAUAAUAAUGGUAUGAGGGUUGCCUUGUUUGCUUCUGCAAACAAGUUGAAGGCAGUAAGUACCAGUUUUCCAAGAAAAAAUAUCUACAAAGGGACAUGGAAAAUACCAGGGACAAAUGAAGCAAACCAAAUAGACCAUAUAUUGACACCAAAGAGGUGGGCAUCCGACAUGGAAAAUGUCCGCACUUUCCGAGGAGCUAAUUCUGAUACUGACCAUUACGUAGUAGGAGCCACAAUGAGACAGAAACUUGCCAUGGCUGCCAAAGAAACUAGUACAAGAGCAAGGAAAUGGAAUAUAGAACAACUGAAAGACAGGCCUACAAACAAAAGAUGGUGGAGAUGA